AUGGAGGAGUUAGCAAUUGGUUUAGAGGCAAUGCACCUCUCGGUCGAGAAUGAUGAACAGGAGGAGCAGGGGCAGGGUAUGGACAUGAGGCAGGGCAGUCCGAAUGUCGUAGGCGAAUCGGAGGAUGAGGUCCUGAGAGCGGAACGCGAUAAUAGGGUGGUGUAUCAGAGGCGGGAGACAAGAACAAAGAAGAAGUAUGAUCAGGAGCGGGAAGCACGCGAGGAGGAAGAGGCGAAGCGGAGGGUGGAACAGAAGCGUGUGAGGCUCGAGGACCAGGAGCGAGAGGUGAGUGCGAUGGAGGGGGACAGGGAGAGUGAGGAACGCGAACGCAAGAGGGAGGAAGAGCGGAAGAGGGAGGAGGCGAGGAAGGUGUGGCGCGAAAAGGAAGAGAAGCGGCAGAGGGAGGAGGAAGAGCGGAAGAGGGAGGAGGAAAGGCAGGCUGAGCGCGAAAAGCAGGAGAAGCGGCAGAAGGAUGAAGAGCGGAAGAGGGAGGAGGAAAGGCAGGCAGAGCGCGAACAAGAGGAGAAGCGGCAGAGGGAGGAGGAAGAGCGCAAAAAGGAGGAAAGGCAGGCUGAGCGCGAACAGGAGGAGAGGCGGCAGAGGGAGGAGGAAGAGCGGAAGAGGGAGGAGGAGAAAAAGGCUGAGCGCGAAAAGGAGUCGAAGCGGCAGAAGGAUGAGGUGGAGCGGAAGAGGGAGGAGGCGCGGAAGGCCGAACGCGAAAAGGAACAUAACCGGCAGAAGGAGGAGGAGGAGGAGAGGAAGAGGGAGGAGGCGAGGAAGGCGGAACGCGAAAAGGAGGAGAAGCGGCAGAAGGAGGAGGAGGAGCGGAAGAGGGAGGAGGCGAGGAAGGCGGAACGCGAAAAGGAGGAGAAGCGGCAGAAGGAGGAGGAACGGAAGAGGGAGGAGGCAAGAAAGGCAGGACGCGAAAAGGAAGAUAAGCGGCAGGUGGAGGAGGAGCAGAAGAGGGAGGAGGCGAGACAGGUAGAACGCGAAAAGGAGGAGCAGCGGCAGAAGGAUGAGGAGGAGCGGAAGAGGGAGGAGGCGAGGAAGGCGGAACGCGAAAAGGAGGAGAAGCGGCAGAAGGAGGAGGAGGAGCGGAAGAGGGAGGAGGCGAGGAAGGCGGAACGCGAAAAGGAGGAGAAGCGGCAGAAGGAGGAGGAGGAGCGGAAGAGGGAGGAGGCGAGGAAGGCGGAACGCGAAAAGGAGCAGAAGAGGCAGGAGGAGGAGGAGGAGCAGAAGAGGGAGGAGGCUAGGAAGGCGGAACGCGAAAAGGAGGAGAAGCGGCAGAAGGAGGAGGAGGAGCGGAAGAGGGAGGAGGCGAGGAAGGCGGAACGCGAAAAGGAGGAGAAGCGGCAGAAGGAGGAGGAGGAGCGGAAGAGGGAGGAGGCGAGGAAGGCGGAACGCGAAAAGGAGCAGAAGAGGCAGGAGGAGGAGGAGGAGCAGAAGAGGGAGGAGGCUAGGAAGGCGGAACGCGAAAAGGAGGAGAAGCGGCAGAAGGAGGAGGAGGAGCGGAAGAGGGAGGAGGCGAGGAAGGCGGAACGCGAAAAGGAGGAGAAGCGGCAGAAGGAGGAGGAGGAGCGGAAGAGGGAGGAGGCGAGGAAGGCGGAACGCGAAAAGGAGCAGAAGAGGCAGGAGGAGGAGGAGCGGAAGAGGGAGGAGGCGAGGAAGGCAGAAUGCGAAAAGGAGCAGAAGCGGAAGAAGAAUGAGGAGCGGAAGAGGGAGGAGGCGAGGAGGGCAGAACGCAAAAGGAGCAGAAGCGGCAGGAGGAUGAGGAAGAGCGGAAGAGAGAGGAGGCGAGGAAGGCGGAACGCGAAAAGGAGCAGAAGAGGCAGGAGGAGGAGCAGAAGAGGGAGGAGGCUAGGAAGGCGGAACGCGAAAAAGAGGAGAAGCGGCAGAAGGAUAAGGAGCGGAAGAGGGAGGAGGCGAGGAGGGCAGAACACGAAAAGGAGCAGAAGCGGCAGGAGGAUGAGGAGGAGCGGAAGAGAGAGGAGGCGAGGAAGGCGGAACGCGAAUAGGAGCAGAAGAGGGAGGAGGAGGAGGAGGAGCAGAAGAGGGAGGAGGCUAGGAAGGCGGAACGCGAAAAAGAGGAGAAGCGGCAGAAGGAUAAGGAGCGGAAGAGGGAGGAGGCGAGGAGGGCAGAACACGAAAAGGAGCAGAAGCGGCAGGAGGAUGAGGAGGAGCGGAAGAGAGAGGAGGCGAGGAAGGCUGAACGCGAAAAGGAGCAGAAGCGGCAGGAGGAUGAGGAGGAGCGGAAGAGGGAGGAGGCGAGGAAGGCGGAACGCGAAAAGGAGCAGAAGAGGCAGGAGGAGGAGGAGCGGAAGAGGGAGGAGGCGAGGAAGGCGGAACGCGAAAAGGAGGAGAAGCGGCAGAAGGAGGAGGAGGAGCGGAAGAGGGAGGAGGCGAGGAAGGCGGAACGCGAAAAGGAGGAGAAUCGGAAGAGGGAUGAGGAGGAGCGGAAGAGGGAGGAGGCGAGGAAGGCGGAACGCGAAAAGGCGGGGAAGAUUUUGGAGGCCAACGAGCGAGAAACGCGCGAGGAGGCGAGGGUGGAGGAGCGAGAGCGACAGAGGCAGGUCGAGGCUCGAGCGCGAAAGGUUUGUGGCGAGGCAGACGGAGCAAGCGGGUGUGCAUCAGGGUGUGGAGCGUCCGAGGGAUCGACCUGUAGAGAACGAGCGCCGUGGGAUGGGGGGCGCUACACAGAGGCAGGAAAGGCAGAGGGAGGUUGCUGGGUUGAAUGAGCAAGGUGCUGGGGGGCAGCGGCGUGUGCCUGAGGGCCAGAGGGGCGCGAGGUUCUUCCCAAUGCAGUUGGGGCGGGAUGUAGGGGAUGGAGCUCGGCAAGUGGUGGUUGGCGACCAGCCAACCUUGGGGCAUCAUGGAACAACUGUUGGUCGGGCAGCGGAUGUUGGUUUACCGGGAUUGAGAACAGGCGGACCGAGGCCGAUGAUGCAGCGGGAAGGUGGCCGGCGUGAUGAUCAAACAGCCCGGAACAGGGUCGGCGCGGGAGACCAUAGGAGGUUCGAUCAGUCAAGGCAAGCUGGUAGGCGAGAGGGUGAAGCGAUUGGAACGCGGCAAGGUGAGCGAAUGGCGGAGGAUCAGGUCUGGCGUGGGGUGGGAUGGGGAAUGGAAGGAGUGCGACACAGGGAGUUUCAGCAGAGAGAGGCGGGAGGACGUGCGGACGAGGAACUAGAGAGUGCGGCUAGUGCGCUCCCCAUGCAGAGGCGGCAUCCACGAGCGGCAGAGAAUCCUGCUGCGGUGCAGGGAGAGGAACUAGAGGAUGGUGAAUGGGUGGCUGUGGAGGCGCUACUGGCAGGACUGGAGCAAGCGGGGCCGCAAGUUUUCGAGGAGACGGAGCGAGGAUUUGAGGAGGCUGGCGACCGCAUCGCAGCUGGCGGCAGGAUGCAUACCACAGCAGAGUUGAUGCGGCGUCUGACCUUGGUGGCAAGGUCCGUGGCGAGGGCUUCGUCGGAGCAACGUGUUCGUUUCAUCGACUGCAUGGCAGAGAUUCGAGAAUUUGAGCAAUCGUCGCUAGAGGCCUCGUUCACAUCCACCUCCAUGGAACACCUGCAAGCGGCUAUUGACAAUAGUGUACUCGCAGUGUGGGAGGAUCUCAGGGCUGCGGACGACCAAAAUAAUCUGACUUUCAACAAGAUUCAGAAGGCUCUGGCAGGACUGUCAACAAAGCUCAAAGGGCUGACUGGACCCAGCAAGGUCCGAAAGCCACCCACCGCCAGGGGAGAGGCCACACCAAAGGCUUCGCGAAAGCAGCCCGAAGCAGAUUCCCCAGACAUCCCAAUCUCCUCAGCACAACGAGUCAUUGAAAGGUUUGCCGCAACGUCCGAGGGUGAGGAGGGUGACGCUGGUGAGGCGGGUGAGACGGGCGCUGGUGUGGCAGAUAUUGACUUGUCUGAACCAGUGAGGAGAAACUGGAGAGAGACGUACGCAGCAAAGAACGUGCAGAAAGAGAGGGAGAAGGAGAGCGAAGAGAGGAGGACGGCUGAAGCGCGGAAGCGGCAAGCACUUCAGACGGCGCAAGUGACGGCUGCAAAGAAGAGGCGGGCUGAGAAGGGGUUGGGAAAUACGAGGGUGGAGGACCGUCCUGGGACUGUCAGCAGGGGGAGAGUGACGGAAAACCAACCGGCGGGUACAGCUGCAGAGGCAAGGAAGGCAGAACGCGAAAAGGAGCAGAAGCGGCAGGAGGAGGAGCGGAAGAGGGAGGAGGCAAGGAAGGUAGAAUGCGAAAAGGAGCAGAAGAGGCGAAAGGAUGAGGAGGAGCGGAAGAGGGAGGAGGCAAGGAAAGCGGAACGCGAAAAGGAGUUGAAGCGGCAGAAGGAUGAGGAGGCGCGGAAGUGGGAGGAGGCGAGGAAGGCAGAACGCGAAAAGGAGCAGAAGCGGCAAGAGGAGGAGGAGCGGAAAAGGGAGGAGGCGAGGAAAGCGGAACGCGAAAAGGAGUUGAAGCGGCAGAAGGAUGAGGAGGCGCGGAAGAGGGAGGAGGCGCAGAAGGCAGAACUCGAAAAGGAGCAGAAGCGGCAAGAGGAGGAGGAGCGAAAGAGGGAGGAGGCGAGGAAGGCAGAACGCGAAAAGGAGGAGAAGCGGCAGAAGGAGGAGGAGCGGAAGAGGGAGGAGGCGAGGAAGGCGGAACGCGAAAAGGAGGAGAAGCGGCAGAAGGAGGAGGAGGAGGAGGAGGAGCGGAAGAGGGAGGAGGCGAGGAAGGCGGAACGCGAAAAGGAGGAGAAGCGGCAGAAGGAGGAGCGAAAGAGGGAGGAGGCGAGGAAGGCGGAACGCGAAAAGGAGGAGAAGCGGCAGAAGGAGGAGGAGGAGCGGAAGAGGGAGGAGGCGAGGAAGGCGGAACGCGAAAAGGAGGAGAAGCGGCAGAAGGAGGAGGAGGAGCGGAAGAGGGAGAAGGCGGAACGCGAAAAGGAGGAGAAGCGGCAGAAGGAGGAGGAGGAGCGGAAGAGGGAGGAGGCGAGGAAGGCGGAACGCGAAAAGGAGGAGAAGCGGCAGAAGGAGGAGGAGGAGCGGAAGAGGGAGGAGGCGAGGAAGGCGGAACGCGAAAAGGAGGAGAAGCGGCAGAAGGAGGAGGAGGAGCGGAAGAGGGAGGAGGCGAGGAAGGCGGAACGCGAAAAGGAGGAGAAGCGGCAGAAGGAGGAGGAGGCGAAGGCGAUGGAAAGGAGGCGGGCACAGAGGGAGGCGGACAAAGCGAAAAGAGACCUCGAAAUAGAGCGUCGGAAAGCCCUGGAGGAGAUCGAGCGUAUUGCACGGUUAGAGGAAGCCGCAAAGGAGGAAGAGGAGAGGCAACAAAUGGAGUUAGAGGCGGAAACAGAGAAAAUGGAAAACGAGAGGCGACGGAUUGCGGGGGAGGAUGAGGAAGGGGCAGCGGGGCAACGGCAGGGAGGAGAGGCGGAAGAAGGGUGGGCCAGGAUUCUUCAAGUGAUUUCAUUGGUUCCCGAUGAACCGCUGCAAGUAGUUGACCUCGUGGGGGAGGUGGAGGGUUCGGAACAUGUGACAGGCUCUGGAGGUCUAGAGACUCAACCGCCUUUGAAGAGGCUUCGCAUUGACCAGACCGGAACGAACUUCGACGCGGAUGAGGGGUCUUUGGGGGCUGCUGCGUCAGAGGAAUGUGUCGGUGAAAAUGUGUCGGGAAAUCAGAACGUUCAACCAACGUUGGGGGAGGCGACGGGAGAGGUGGCACCGCAAAGAGCGGAUGUGCUACCAGACGAGCUAGGGAAGCGGUGGGGGGAAACAAAGCAUUUCAGAUCGAGUGGUCUUACCACACGCGAGAAGAAGAACAAAAAGGGGGAAGUGGUGUACGUGCGCUACAACUCGGAGCAAACCGUCGAAGGUGUGAAGAGGAACAUGGGGAGCUACAAGGAGCGGAAACUACGCGAUUUCACAGUGGCCGUCUGUUGGAUGGCCUACUUCCCUGACACCGACAUGGCCCAUUACGGCUUGGAUCCUGCCGAGCUUGGCUUGUGGGCGGUCCACCUCGCUCGUGAACUCCCGACUGGUGUCUGGAGUGUCAUGAACGAAUUGAACCUCGACAAGUUCGAGAACUUCGAAAACGUCAUGAACAAGACAAAUGCACGGGUGAAGGACGGCGCACAUUUCCAGGUGGCCGUUUGCACAGGGAUUGGACAGGCCCUGGUACACGGAGGGAGUGGGCUGGUGUCGCCCCCCGCGAAUGUCACUCCCGCGGUCUAUGCAGCGGGAGUAGCUGCAACCCUCUACACCUUGUGGUGUGCCUCGAUCGGCAUUCCCCACCAGGACUGGGCGGAGGGUGCGGAUGAGGCGGCUCGUGGCACGCUCAACGAGGCAAGCCUUGCUAGUCGAGCAACCUCUACUGCUCGCCUCGGAGUGUGGACCUUGAAGGCCGUGAAGAACCUAACGCACGAGAAGGCGGAUUGGGAAGUGGUGCUCACCAAGGCCAUUCUCGGCCUUGUGGAUCCCGAGCCCGGGGAGGCAGAGGCUAUUGAAAUGGCCAAGGUGGUUUCGAGGGUGCUGGUGUACUGGUGCGAGUGCUGUCACGCAAACCAGAGUCUUUACGCGUAUCAGGGUGGGAUGCUCCAUUUUCCCCAGCCCACAAAAGGGGGACGGCGGAAGGGGAAUGCGGGAGGCAACGAGUGA